UCAGUCCUUCUAAUCUCUCUUUCAGGGUCUCACACCUGGCAGGCAAUUUUGGGCUGUGAGCUCAGGGAAGACGGGAGCAAAAGAGGGUUUUUGCACUAUGGCUAUGAUGGGAUGGACUUCAUCAGCUUCGACGGUGAGACCUUCAGAUGGGUGACAGCUCAGCCCCAGGCCCAGAAGGUCAAGGAGAAGUGGGAGGAUGAUUCAGGAUGGUCCCAGAGAAACAAAGUCUACUUGGAGACCUGUAUUGAGCAGUUGAAGAGUUACUUGUCUUACAGUAAGGAAGCUCUGCAAAGGAUAGAGCCCCCAGUGGGGAGGGUGAUGCACAAGACUGCCAGUGACAAGGUGGAAGUCCUCAUCUGCCAGGCCUUUGGCUUCUAUCCCAAGGAGAUCCAGGCCAUCUGGAGGAGGGGUAAAGAGGAUUGCAAGUACGAGACCCUCCUUAGGAACGUGGCCCCCAACUCGGAUGGGACCUAUUAUGUCAGGCUCAUCAUUGAGAUCGACCCCAAGGAGAGGGACAUCUUCAACUGCCACAUAAAGCACGGCAGCUUACAGGAGCCCCUGGUCUUGGCCUGGAAGGAAAACCCUGAGGAGAAACUGCAAGACUGGG